UUAAAAGGAAUAUCCCUAAAAGAUAGAUGUCACUUUUGAGGGUAGCAGUACUAUGAUUUUUUUCACAAAAUCUCCAGCACAAGACACAAGACAGAAGAAGAAGAAGAAGAAGAAGAAGUAGAAGUACUAAAAAGAUAUUUAAGUGACCAUCUUGUUGGGAUCUGGAAAUAUACUCUGUGGUCAACAUUUCCACUUCUAGAUUUCCUCACCUUGUUACUUUUUCUUUCCCUCUUUAUGAGCCUAUAACAUUUGAUAGGCAAAAAAGGGUUUCUGUCUCAUAACAGAUUCUUGCUUCUUGUUGCUGACUGUCCAUGAAAUGAUAAUGGAGAAUGCAUUAGCAGGUAAGUUUCUUAAGCCAUGCUUCCAUUUGAAUUCAAGAAAAGCAACAUUGGUACUGCAGAAAAGGAAGGGAAUUGGCACCUCCCACAAGUUCUGCUAUCCUUCCAAAUUCAAGAUUCAUCCCCUUGUUUCUCAUCCCCUUCAUCUCCCCAAUUUAGAGGCGGGUGGUGUUGAAAUACAAGAAAGUAGUUAUGAAGGUUUAGUUUCUGAUCAAGAAAUUGUCUGGCCUUCUCCCGAUGAUGAAAUCCCAUUUUGGAAGAGGGAUUUCCCUUCCUGGAAUGUGAGUCCAGAAGUGCCAAAUGAAAGUUCUGUGAAGGAUUCUGAUCUUAUGCACAUAAUUCAUGUCACAGCUGAGAUGGCACCAAUAGCUAAAGUUGGUGGACUUGGUGAUGUUGUUACUGGACUUGCUCGAGCAAGUCUUUCUCGUGGCCAUACAGUGGAUAUAGUGCUCCCCUUCUAUGAGUGCAUUCAGAAGCAGCAAAUCAAUGACUUGGCAUUGAUCAGUACUUAUGAUUCUUAUCAUGAUGGGAAUUGGAUUCCUACUAAUGCCUAUCGUGGAGUUGUUUCGGGCAUUCCAGUGAUAUUUAUUGAGCCAUCAAAUGAAUUCUUCAAGGGGCAACAAGUAUACGGAGGUUCAUAUAAUGAGCUAGAGGCUUAUUUGUUUUUUAGCCGUGCUUGCCUUGAAUGGAUGCAGGUAACAGGUGCUCAGCCUGACAUUAUCCAUGUCCAUGAAUGGCAAAUAGGUGCCUUGCCCCUGCUUUACUGGGAUAUGUAUCAAUAUCUUUCACUGAAGAAACCACGGAUUGUAUUAACUAUACAUAACAUGGAGCAUUAUGGAGAGUGCCGCCAAGAGCAACUCAGCAAGUGUGGUCUUGAUGGUUCUAUGUAUGCAACAGCGGAGAAGGCAGUUGAUGAUCGGACUAUUGGCCAUAAUCCUGAGAGACUAAGCUUAUUGAAAGGUGGAAUUGUAUACAGCAAUGCAGUGGUUACAGUCUCGCCAACAUACCUUAAGGAAACUCUCUGCUCUGGUUGGUUGGCCAGCACUCUAAUGAUGCAUUGUGAUAAGUACUUUGGUGUUUUGAAUGGGAUUGACACUGCAAUGUGGAACCCUGCUACCGAUGUUUUCUUGCCUGCUAAGUUCCAUGCUCAAAAAAUUGAGGGCAAGAAGUUAUGUAAAUACUACAUACAAAGGGGGCUUGGUUUGGCUGCUAAAAGCAUCACCAGCAGUAAUCAUGUGCCAGAUGCAACAGUUAAGAUCCCAUUGGUAGUCUGUAUUACUAGACUAGUUCCUCAAAAGGGUCUGCAUUUGAUUACUCAUGCACUUAAGCAUAUUGAAGAACUGGGGGGGCAGAUGAUUGUCCUUGGAAAAGCUCCAGAUGGUCGAGUUGAAGGGGAAUUCAAACGUCUUGCAGAUAUGCAUAACCAAGGUCCUAGCAUCCGUAUCCUUUUGAUGUAUAGUGAGGAGCUGUCCCACAUGCUUUAUGCUGCAGCAGACAUGGUGUUAGUUCCUUCCAUGUAUGAGCCAUGUGGACUUUCCCAAAUCAUUGGAAUGCGUUAUGGAUCGGUUCCAGUUGUUAGAAAGACUGGUGGCCUCGCAGACACAGUCUUUGACAUGGAUGACCAGUCGAACCCCGAGAUUGCUAAUGGGUUUGUUUUUGAAGGAAUUGAUGAAGGAUCCUUAAACUGGGCUCUAGACCGCGCAUUUGCUUACUACAGAGAUAAACCAGAUGAGUGGAAUUGCAUUGUGAAGAAGGUAAUCGAAAUUGACAAUAGCUGGAACAACACGGCUGGGAAAUACAUCGAAGUUUACAAUUCAGUUAGAGGGAGAUCUUGAAGGCACCCAGAUGACGUACAGCGAGGAUCUUGAAGGCACCCAGGUCAGUGAUGGCAUUUGUUCCAAGUUGUAAAUUGCAAGAUUCCCCUGAUACAAAUGCAAGAGCCGGAUCUAGGCCAGUAACACGCUUUCUUUUGUUGUGGAACCUUCAAUUCUGCUGUAAAGUUUUAGCAAUGGAGAGUUUUUGUUUGCAUGAAGCUGAUGUACAGCGAGUAGGAAGAACAGCCUGAACAAUAGACAAUAAGGCAAAGAAUCCACAAUUACUAGCUGCUUGUACUGUUCCAGAAGGAUUUUUGUAAGAGUAUUGAGCAUACUUGCUAGUUUCAUGUGUAUUGACUUAACAAUUUCAAUUUCAACAAAAUUUGGAAUGGGAAAAGAUGCUGGUGCUGCUGCACCCUAUAAGUUAA